UAUCAGCCCUAGGUGUGAAGACGGGGAACUUUCUCAAGAGGGGCAAGAGCUCUCAGCACCCACCAACUCCAGAGCUGGUCCUCGGGGGGGGAUUAGAGGAUAUCCCCAGGACAAGUGGUGAGCUGGGAAUAGUGUUUGCCUGCCUGGCUCUCAGUCCUCUGAGCUGGCUGUCACAUGCCUUCACCACUCACCUCGUGUGACAGUGACAGCUUGGGAUGCAGCUGGUCUGCAUGUUGGAAUGAUGAGGCCUGGGGUAUGUUGGGUUACAUCAUAGGUAUAAUUAAGGUUAAUUCAGCCAUUGCUUGAAUAGGGCUUUUUAAUAGGAACUUCAAAACAUAGGCAUGAAUCGGCCGAGCACAGCAUUUUUAGGGCAGUCGACUGUUCCGUGUGAUGUUACAGAUGGUGGAUACGUGUCCUCAUACACAGACUGUACAACCCCAGGAGUGAACCCCCCGCAAACGAUGGGCUCUGGGUCAUCGACCCGGCCAGAGGUGGCCAGUAUAGAGCCGCUGGGCGUGGAUGAAGCGCAGUGCUCCCAGAAGGCAGUGGUGCAGGCCCGCCUGUCCCAGCCCGCCCGCCUGACCAGCAUCAUCUUCGCCGAGGACAUCACCACAGGCCAGGUCCUGCGCUGCGAUGCCAUCGUCGACCUCAUCCACGGCAUUCAGAUCGUCUCCACCACCCGCGAGCUGUACCUGGAGGACUCGCCCCUGGAACUGAAGAUCCAGGCCCUGGACUCUGAAGGGAACACGUUCAGCACCCUCGCUGGGCUCGUCUUUGACUGGACAAUCGUGAAGGACACGGAGGCCAACGGGUUCUCAGACUCCCACAACGCCCUGCGAAUCCUCACAUUCCUGGAGUCCACAUACAUCCCUCCUUCCUACAUCUCCGAGAUGGAGAAAGUGGCCAAGCAGGGGGACACCAUCCUGGUGUCCGGGAUGAAGACUGGAAGCUCCAAGCUCAAGGCGUGCAUCCAGGAGGCCGUCUACAAGCACGUGCACCCUGCGGAGGUCAGGCUGCUGAUUUUGGAGAACAUCCUCCUGAACCCAGCGUACGACGUCUACCUGAUGGUGGGGACCUCCAUUCGCUAUAAGGUGCAGAAAAUCAGACAAGGAAAGAUUACAGAGCUCUCAAUGCCUUCCGAGCAGUAUGAGCUGCAGCUUCAGAACAGCAUCCCGAGCCCCGAGGGAGACCCGAGCCGGCCCGUGGCUGUCUUGGACCAGGACACGUCGAUGGUCACUGCAGUGCAGCUGGGACAGAGCAACCUGGUUCUCAGCCACAGGAGUAUCCGCAUGCAGGGUGCUUCUAGGUUACCCAACAGCACCAUCUACGUGGUUGAACCUGGAUACCUGGGGUUCACCGUCCAGCCUGGUGACAGGUGGGUGCUGGAGACGGGCCGCCUGUAUGAAAUUACCAUUGAAGUGCUUGACAAGUCCGGCAACAAGGUCUACCUGUCCGACAAUCUCCGCAUCGACACCGUGUUACCUCCUGAGUUCUUUGAGGUGCUCGCUUCUUCCCAGAAUGGCUCGUACCAUCACGUCAGGGCGACAAAGAAGGGCCAGACAGCUAUCGAGGCAGCCCUCACCUCCGUGGUGGACCAGGAUGGAGGGGUCCACACGUUGCGGGUACCUGUGUGGAACCAGCAGGAGGUAGAAAUUCACGUCCCCAUCACCCUCUAUCCGAGCAUCUUGACGUUUCCGUGGCAACCAAAGACGGGCGCCUAUCAGUACACAAUAAAGGCCCACGGCGGGAGUGGGAACUUCAGCUGGUCUUCGUCAAGCCACAUGGUGGCCAUGGUCACCGUCAAGGGCGUCAUGACCACAGGCAGUAACACUGGACUCAGUGUGAUCCAGGCGCAUGACGUGCAGAACCCGCUCCACUUUGGGGAGAUGAAGGUGUAUGUGAUCGAGCCCAGCAGCAUGGAGUUCGCACCAUGCCAGGUGGAGGCACGCGUGGGCCAGACCUUGGAGCUGCCGCUGAGGAUCAACGGUCUCAUUCCUGGUGGGGCCGACGAGGUGGUCACCCUGAGCGACUGCUCCCAUUUCGACUUGGCGAUCGAGGUGGAGAACCAGGGCGUGUUCCAGCCACUCCCAGGGAGGCUGCAGCCAGGCUCUGAGCACUGCAGCGGGGUCAAGGUGAGAGCGGAGGCCCAGGGCUACACCACACUCCUCGUGAGCUACAAACAUGGCCACAUCCACCUGAGUGCCCGGAUCACCAUCGCUGCCUACCUGCCCCUCAAGGCUGUUGACCCCUCCUCCGUCGCCUUGGUGACCCUUGGCUCCUCAAAGGAGAUGCUGUUCGAAGGAGGUCCCAGACCCUGGGUCCUCGAGCCUUCCAAAUUCUUCCGGAACAUCACUUCUGAAGACACAGACAGCAUCAGUCUGGCUCUCUUUGGGCCCUCUACCUCCCGGAAUUACCAGCAACACUGGAUCCUCGUGACCUGCCAGGCCUUGGGCGAGCAGGUCAUCGCCCUCUCGGUGGGGAACAAGCCCAGUGUCACCAACCCCUUCCCCGCACUGGAGCCCGCCGUGGUGAAGUUCGUCUGCGCCCCGCCCUCCAGGCUCACCCUGACGCCCGUCUACGCCAGCCCCCAGCUGGACCUGUCGUGCCCGCUGCUGCAGCAGAACAAGCAGGUGGUUCCAGUCUCCAGCCACCGCAACCCCCUGCUGGACCUGGCCGCCUACGACCAGCAGGGCCGCAGAUUCGACAACUUCAGCUCUCUGAACAUCCAGUGGGAGUCGACCAGGCCGUCGCUGGCCAGCAUCAACCUUGACCUGCCCAUGCAGCUGGUGGCCCGGGACGAUGGGAGCGGCCAGAAGAAGUUGCACGGUUUGCAGGCCAUCUCGGUGCACGAGGCGUCGGGAACCACAGCCAUCUCCGCCACCGCGACUGGCUACCAGCAGUCCCACCUCAGCACGGCCAGAGUGGUGCAGCCGCACGACCCUCUCACGCCUGUGUCGGCCUCCAUAGAACUCAUCCUGGUGGAGGACGUGAGGGUGAGCCCGGAAGAGGUGACCAUCUACAACCACCCCGAUGUGCAGGCUGAGCUGCACAUCAGAGAAGGCUCUGGCUACUUCUUCCUCAACACCAGCACCACAGACAUCAUCAAGGUGACCUACCAGGAGACCAGGGGCGUGGCCACGGUGUUCCCUUUGCUCCCGGGCGUGUCGACCGUCAUGAUCCAUGACCUGUGCCUGGCCUUCCCAGCCCCGGCGAAGGCCGAUGUCUACGUCUCGGACAUUCAGGAGCUGUACGUCCGUGUGGUUGACAAGGUGGAGAUUGGGAAGACGGUCAAGGCAUAUGUCCGGGUGCUGGACUUUCACAAGAAGCCUUUCCUGGCCAAAUACUUCACCUUCAUGGACCUGAAGCUCCGAGCAGCCUCCCAGAUCAUUACAUUGGUGGCCCUCGAUGAAGCCCUUGAUAACUAUACCGCCACGUUCCGCGUCCACGGUGUGGCCAUUGGCCAGACCAGCCUCACCGCAACUGUGAGUGAUAAAGCUGGACAGCGAAUCAACUCAGCCCCGCAGCAGAUUGAGGUCUUUCCCCCGUUUAGGUUGAUACCCAGGAAGGUGACGCUGAUCAUCGGGGCUAUGAUGCAGAUCACCUCGGAGGGUGGCCCCCAGCCCCAGUCCAACAUCCUCUUCUCCAUCAGCAAUGAGACCGUUGCCGUGGUAAACAGUGCCGGGCUGGUGCGGGGGCUGGCCGUCGGCAAUGGCACCGUGUCUGGGGUCGUGCAGGCCGUGGACGCUGAGACCGGCAAGCUUGUCAUCGUGUCUCAGGACCUCGUGGAGGUGGAGGUGCUGCUUCUCCAGGCUGUGAGGAUCCGUGCCCCCAUCACUCGGAUGAGGACGGGAACCCAGAUGCCUGUUUACAUCACUGGGAUCACCAACAGCCAGAACCCUUUCUCCUUUGGCAAUGCCGUGCCGGGCCUGACCUUCCACUGGUCUGUCACCAAGCGGGACAUCCUGGACAUCCGGGGGCGGCACCAGGAGGCUUCGCUCCGGCUCCCGUCACAGUACAACUUUGCCAUGAACGUGCACGGCCGGGUGAAAGGCCGGACCGGGUUGAGGGUGGUGGUCAAGGCUCUGGACCCCGCUGCUGGACAGCUGCACGGCCUCGCCAAAGAGCUCACUGACGAGAUCCAAAUCCAGGUAUUCGAAAAGCUGCUGCUGCUGAGCCCUGAAAUAGAAGCAGAGCAAAUAUUAAUGUCGCCCAACUCGUUUAUAAAGCUUCAGACAAACAGGGAUGGAGCAGCAUCUCUGAGCUACCGUGUCCUGGACGGGCCGGAGAAGGUUCCUGUCGUGCAUGUUGACGAGAAAGGCUGCCUGACGUCAGGGUCCGUGAUUGGGAUGUCCACAAUCCAAGUGACUGCCCAAGAGCCUUUUGGGGCCAACCAGACCAUCCUCUUUGCUGUAAAGGUAUCUCCUGUGUCUUACCUGAGGCUCUCCAUGAGCCCCACCCUGCACACCCAGAACAAGGAGGCUCUGGCAGCCCUGCCUUUGGGAAUGACCGUGACCUUCACUGUCCACUUCCAUGACAACUCCGGAGAUACCUUCCAUGCUCACAAUUCGGUCCUCAGCUUUGCGACUAACAGAGACGAGUUCGUGCAGAUUGGGAAGGGCGUCGCCAACAACACCUGCAUUGUCCGGACCAUCAGCGUGGGCCUGACGCUGCUCAGCGUGCGGGACACGGAGCACGUGGGCCUGUCCGACUUCGUCCCAUUGCCCGUCCUACAGGCCAUCUCCCCGGAGCUGUCCGGAGCGGUGGUGGUGGGGGACGUCCUCUGUCUGGCCACAGUUCUUGUCGGCCUGGAAGGCCUCUCCGGAACCUGGAGCUCUUCAGCUCACAGCAUCCUCCGCAUCGACCCCAGGACGGGCGUGGCUGUGGCCCAAGAGGCAGGAUCUGUGACGGUUUACUAUGAGAUUGCUGGGCACCUGAGAACCUACAAGGAGAUAGCUAUCGGUGUCCCUCAAAGGAUCGUGGCCCAUUCCGUCCGCCCAGGCCAGACCAGCUUCCAGGAGGCCUCCAAAGUGACCGUCACCUUGGGAGACAGAGGCUCUAACCUGAGAGGUGAGUGCUCUCCCUCCCAGAUGGAAACCAUUGAGACUCUGCACCCAGAAUCCCUCAUUAGCUGCCACCUCCAGUUCAAGCAAGAUGUCUUCGAUUUCCCAGCGCGUGACGUUUUCACGGCAGAACCAGGAUUUGACGCCACCCUGGGCCGGUACCUCUGCUCAGUCACGAUGCACAGGCUGACGGACAAGCAGCUGAAACACCUCAGCAUGAAGAAGACAGCGCUGCUGGUCACUGCCUCCAUCCCCGGCAGCCACAUCUCUGGCGAGCACGUUGGUGCCGAGGUGCCCUUCAGCCCGGGGCUUUACACUGACCAGGCUGAAAUCCUUUUGAGCAACCACUUCACCAGCUCUGAGGUCAAGGUCUUUGGUACCGUGGAGAUUCUCGAGAACCUGGAGGUGAAAUCAGGGUCCCCGGCUGUGCUGGCCUUUGAGAAGGAAAAGUCUUUGGGGCUCCCCAGCUUCAUCACAUACACAGUCGGCAUCUCGGAUCCCACAGCUGGCAGUCAGGGGCCUCUGUCCACCGCCCUGACCUUCUCCAGCCCCAUGACUAACCAAGCCCUCACCAUUCCGGUCACCGUGGCCUUUGUGAUGGAUCGCCGAGGGCCUGGUCCUCAUGGAGCCAGCCUUUUCCAGCACUUCCUGGAUUCCUACCAGGUCAUGUUCUUCACACUUUUUGCCCUGCUGGCUGGGACUGCUGUCAUGAUCAUAGCCUACCACACGGUCUGCACACCCCGGGAGCUCACUGCACCCCCAGGCCUCUCCCCCGGAGCCAGCCCUCGCCACAGCCCCCACUAUUUUGCUGCCUCAUCGCCGACGCCUUUCAACGCACUGCCUCCCAUCCGCAGAGCCAGCCCUCCGUCGGGGCUGUGGAGCCCCGCGUACCCCUCCCACUAGUCCGUGGGCCGGGCCCUGACGCCCCUGCGCCCCCACGGUGGGCCCGGCCUGGAGGACCCCUGGGCCCCGAGCCCUGGCCCAGGCCUGUGUCGCUGCCUGCUGUGUUCUUGUAGACCUAUAGUUUAGGCUGUGCCCGCUAGCUCACCCUUCCGUGUAGGGCUUUCUGUUGGCUCUUGUUUUCUGUUCUGUUCUUACUUCAGAAUCUUACAAAGGCUAAGACUCUCGCUCAUUCCUCUGUGCCCGGUUGUCUAGGGUUUCUGGACAACGUGCACUUAACGCUUUUCCUUCCCCGCAGUCUCUGGAACCACUCCCUUCUCGAGACUUUGAGCAGGCGAAGCUCCCUUCACUAGUGGUCUGUAAGGGAUGUUCCUGAAGUGGCCUCAGGGAAAGGACUUUUUGAUUUUUUCUUAACAUUUGUGGGGUUUUUUUUCCCCUCCUUGGAAACUUUACUUUUCCCCUACUCUGGCCCCUGCCAGGAAAUGAGGGGAGCAAGCAGACACGAUGUCUGAAGCUGGCCCCGUGACUGCACGGAGGCCUCAGGUAGGCGCCAACGGGGCCCAACCCCACACUGGCUCAGCCUCACCGGGAGACGCCGACGGGCCACAGGAGCCACGAGCCGGGCUGCUCUUUGCCUCCGUGGGGGCCACUGUGAAUAUAGACGGCGUCCUCUGUGGUUGCUUCCUGCGCGUGGAAGCGUCUCCUGGACUCGGCCGCAGCUCCAUCGAGGUGCUCUUUGGGGUCUGGCUCCUCCUCCCUAUCCCGGCUUCUCUACCCACACAGGGACUUCGGAGUCAUAGUUAGGAAAACAUCCCUGAGCCAGAGACCGGGACCUUUUCUUCUGGUUUGUUUGUUUGUUUUGAGAAGCCACUGUGUUCCGCCCGAGCACCAGACCAAAACCCAGUGUUCUCCCUUCCUCCUUUUGUACCACGGUCAUGCACCUCAGCAGCCCUGAGCCUCUGGCCUGCCCCGUGUGGGCACCAGUCUCCCCGCGGCAGCCCCCCAGCAGGCCACGGAGCCAGACCCGGCCAGUGAGGAGGGUGGGCCUGCCCUCCAGGAAGGGGCCGGGAAGGAGAAGAUGUCUAGAAGAUGCCCCCUUGUUCAUUCAACACCCGAGGCCUCCAGAACGCGGCCUCUCCGCCCUGGGCCGAGAGCUGUGCCGCUCUCAGGAAGAACUGGAGGCGCACCCCGAGCCCGGCCCGCGGGGUCGCUGCGUGGGGGGAGUCGUCCCCUUGGACUCUGAGCCACAAGCGUGAACCUACCGCAGGCCUUUUGGUCCAGGCCGUGCGAUUUAUUUUUCUAAAGCUGGAGACAGGAAGAAUUGUGCCUUGCCUAUCACUUGAGCUCAAACUGACGACUUGGAUGUAAAUAGCCGCGUUUCUACUUGGUUUAUUUAAUAAAGCUCUAUCUAAUUUCUUAA